GGAAAACUAAACAAAACUAACGGUAUUUAUGGCAAUGUAAAAGCAAUGCUUGAUGCCCAUGAAAAUACCAAGCUCCUCCUUGAAAACUCCAUACUAGACUUUGAAUCUUCGAACAGAGUUUACAUUAAUGUUCCUCAGCGAACUGAUUUGACUACGAACACCCAUCUCGAGAUUGAUGGAACUACGUUCAAGUUCCAUAAACUUUUAUCAAUGAACCAAACCUCACAAAUACUAAAAGAAUUCAAAGUCUUCUUCUUCACAAGCUUUAAUAAGACUCAAGACUUUUCUGUUGUACUCACCGGUGACAAAACCCCAAACUUAUUGCAAGAAUUACUACAAAGUAUUUACAAGAUUGCAUUGAACUCUAAUAUUUCCAAUAGCUUUUCUUAUUCAUGCAAAGCUAUAGGAUUUGAGAAUGGGCACAUUUAUGACAUGUUUGAUUCUCUGAAGCCAAUUUCAGUCAGCAGUUUCGAGCCAUCUCUGAUAUCUAGUCAAAUCAUGAUAUUGGAUGAUCCUUCAAACUUUGCAACCAUAUUAAGUAAAUUGUCGAACUCUUUUCAUGGAUCCAGUUUCUACAAUUUCAGGGUCAGCAACAUGCAAAAUGAUGAACUCGUCAUGAACGUGUGUGUAUUCGACGUUACUAAUCUUUCAAGAGAAUCGCAAGCUGAAUAUUUAUUCAACGAGCCAAAUAUUCUCCAUGGAGUAUUAUCUUAUUGCUUCAGUGUCAAGAGCUUCAACUUUUGUAGUUUGGAUACCCUUGAAGGGUCUCUUGAACUUCUAAAACAGUUAGAGAAACUUCGCUAGAUGGUUCGUAUAUUACAGUUAUAUUAUCUUCAAUACAUCAUUAUUUUACAUUUGUGAGUACAAAUCAUGCAAAACCCACUUUAAUUCAUCGAUACUUCCAAUAUGGCUCUGCACCUUAGGUUUUGUUGGAGUACUUGAACUUUGAGAAACAAUCGCACUAUCGGAAGGCUUUUCUCUGGAGAUAUCAAUUUCGGUGAUUGAAUUCUUGGAAUCGUCCUUUAGCUUCUUGUCUAUGAAAGGUGGUUCUUUUGCAGUUCCAUUCAACUUGGGUUGCUCUUCUUCAAUCUUGGGUGGUAACUCAUAAUCUAUUCC